CAAAGUUUAUGCUGUGAUUCAACAUGGCUGGCUAUAUAAAGGUAGGAGUUAUGGCUGUAUAUUUUAUCUCUAUCCUGUACUUGGUUGCAAACUUUAGUAGGUAUUUUGCUUUUGUUAGAUAUGUAGGCAAUUGUGUGUUAUACGAUUCAGAUAUGUAUUUUUAAGCCUGGUUCGCACUAGCAAAUAUUAAUAUGUCGGCGAUUAAGCGAUUUUUCUCCUAGCAAAUCACAAAUGUAUAAAUUGAAUGAGUGAGAGGUGGCAGUCACAAGUUGUUACAGGGGACAUUUCAAGCUCUAGAUUAACAAAAUGGUUUGAUAAGUGUUCCAACUAUGUUUUAACUUAAUUAAAUGGAAUAGAUGACAGUGUUGGGAAAGUCAUUGAGAACUGCUAUAUUAAACUAAGGUUGCGUGACUGCCAAGUGCCAAAUCUUCUGUCAUUAUUUUUCAACAUUUGGUAUGCAGAUGAUAAGUACACAAUAGUACAAACAUUUUUUUGGAUUGUAAAGCCCGCCGUACACAAGAGCAACUUACUGAGCUAACCGCCUCACGAGGCAGCUAGCUCAGCUAUGUAUUUUCACCGCACACGUUGGGAAAACUACUCAACAACAAUAUAAUUGACAAAAUCAUUUGCAUUCAAGUAGCUCUCGUGUGUGGUGGGCUUAAUGUACAACAGUACCUUGGUUUAAGUUUACUUAAAUCAAGGUUGAAUUAUAGGUUUUUGCUAUUGUUUUCUACCUUCUUUUAAUAUGUUGGUGUGGCAAUUUGUUUGGACCAUAUGGCUAUUUUAUUCUCACUAUGUGAAUUAAUUAAUUAAUGUCACCAUUUCAACCCAAUGUUGCUUGUCCAAAUUUACCCUAACACGUACAUUGUGAUUUCUUCUGGUUAACCACAACCAAACCCCAAUCUAAUACUUAAUUAUACCAAAUCUAGUGUUACAUGCACCGUUACAGUUAAAUUGAUAUUUUUGGUCAUUGCAUAUAUCCCCCUAAUACUAGGGGGUGGUUGAUUCAGCAGCUGCGCUAUUUCUAAUUAAUAUGAAGAUCUUAAUCACAAUAUUUAUAUAUAUAUAGUGUAUUGUGAUUGUGGUUUGUUAGAGAUUUAUAUAUUUUACUAUCACUAUAUUUUAUUAUCUUUCAAAUUUACCCUAACAGGCACAUUGUAAUUUCUUGUGGUCAACCGUAACCAAACCUCAAUCUAAUACCAUUAUACCAAAUCCAGUGUUAGGUUACAUGACAUUUAUAUUGAUAUUUUUGGUCAUUGCAUAUAUUCCCCUAAUACUUGUGGACAUAGGCGUACGGGGCGGGGGGGGCGGUAGCCCCCCCAGUUUCUUGGGCAGUCGGGCAAUUUCCCAGUUUUUUGGGCAGUCGGGCAAUAUUCGAUCAACAGUCGGGCAAUUUUGGUUUGCAAUUAAAAAAAAUGGGACAAAUUCUGUCAAUUUUGUCUAAAAUUAAGUAAAUUUUUUGGCAAAUUUUGUGAUUUUUGGAAAAUUUGUGUUAUGUUCCGAAAAAUAUUGGUUGUCCGGAAAAUUUUUUUGACCCCUAAAAUGGUACACUGACCGAAAUUUUUUUGGCGACGGGGGGGGGAGGUCGCCAAAAUAAUUUUUCCGGAAAAAAUUUUUUGGGCAAUGUGGAAUUUUUUGGGCAAAAAAGCUACCGCCCCCCAGAAUUUAGCGGCCCCGUACGCCUAUGCUUGUGGAUACAGUAGGUUUGUUGUGUUGGGCCUUGAUUGAUUUAGCAGCUAGCUAUACUGUUUCUAAUUAAUAUUAGUCACAACAGGAACCAAUGGUAGUGGACUGUAUCUUAUUAAAGUCAUUGAACUUGUACAGUCCUGCAUUGACUUGACAACCCAGCUAUAAUGAAACAAGAUAUUUCCUGAACCUUACACCAGUAGACUGACACCAUCAAUUCUUGUUCAGGCAUGAAAUAUGCAAACCCAAACACAAGAUUAAGUUCCUAGUCCACUUUGCUAGGUUUAUAUUUGACAUAAUCAUUGGGUCAGAGGAAAUUGCAUGAAAGUUAAUGCCUUCCCCCAGCAAAUGUAAUAGAAUAUUUUACUAUGAGAUGAAUUUUUACUCCUCCCCUCGAUCUGGAUGACAAAAAUGUCCUCUGCAGGAGGAGUUUGGAUCUUUUCUGGAAACACCCAUUCUAAAAGUAGUAGUAAGUAGUAAAAACUUUAUUUACCCACGCUAACCCUGUCAACCGAAGCUGAUUUCCACAGGGGGCGUGCAAUAAGAAAGUACAAGAAUAUUUACAAAAGCUAAUUACAAAAGAUAAUAUCAACUAAAUCUAAGUAAAUCUAAGUAAAUCUAUAUAUAUUUACAGGUUUAUAUUUAAGGUUGUUUUAGGUUCUUGUUUUAAUUAAAAAUGUGAGUAGCAAUUUUAUUUUGAAAACAUGAUAAGGAUUUGCACCCCCUAAUUUCGCUUGGAAUAGAAUUCCAUAUGUGAGCACCGUCGUACAUGAAACUAUUUUUCAUAUUAUUAGUUCGAGGUUGUGGUAAACAAAGACCACUGGAAAUACCCCGAAGUUUGUGACUUGUCACCUCACUUUUAUAGGUAAAAAGAUUUGUGAGUGACUCUGGACCCAUUUUAUUCAAAGUUUUGUACAUCAGUUUUGCUUUUGCCUUUUUUCUCAUCAACUUAAGUGGCUCCCAGCCCAAGGCAUGUAAAGCAAUAGAAUAAUCAGUAUCAUUGCUCAUACUCAUGAUGACUCGAGCGGCUCUAUUUUGGAGUUUUUGAAGUCGUUUAGACUGAGUUUUACCUAAUACAUCCCACACUUCACAACAAUAAUCGAAGUGUGGACAAACAAUAGCGUUGUAUAUUGAAAUGAGUGUAUCUUUGUCAACAAAAGGUUUGCCAAACGACGGAGAGCAGAGAUUCCUGCUGUUAUUUUUUUGCAAAUAUUUUUAGUAUUACUUUUCCAAGAUAACUGUUGGUCAACUAUUAUUCCAAGAGUUUUGCAUUCAUAAACUUGCUUGAUUUGUUUGUUUUCAAUGAAAAUAUUUGGGUGAGAAUCUUUUAUUCGUUUUGAGCCAAUCAACAUGAAUUCAGUUUUAGCUACAUUCAAGCUGAGUUUAUUGGCCAUUAACCAAAAUUGUUAAAAUUAAAAUAUUAAAAUAUAAAAAAAAGAAAAAAAUAUAUAAAAAUAUAUAAAUAUAAAAAUAUAUAAAUAUAAAAUAUUAAAAUUGUUACCUUAUUGUCUUAUUUAAUUGUCACAGCAUUAUAGGCUUGUAUAAGUGCUUAGGAUAUUGUGGGAAUAGGGUUGCAAUUAUUUAAUUUCUUUAAUUUAAAAGCUAUAUUUACAUGCUGCAAUUUGUUGUGUAUGAUUCAUAUUCAGGCAUAUGUAAUCAAAUAGGCAUGCCAUAAUGUGGAUGCAUUUCAUAUUUUUCAUAAACUAAAUGAAGAAGAAUUGUGGCAUCGGCAGUAAUUUUCAUUGUAUUGCAGUGUAUAAAUAUACCUUAGAGUUUUCCCUAGCUAUUACUGAGUGAGUAAAUUUGGGAGUGGUGCUAGGAAGCAUCGUUUGAAAAGGACUUUGCAAAAGUCAUUGAUAUAUCCAAUAUAUUAUAGCUACUGUAUUAUUCUAGUUGCGUGACUAUCUUGUAUUUGCACAGGCAAUUAACUGGCUUUAUUUAUACCUAACUCCUACCUACCUACUCCUAACGUCCAGUGUUAACUACUACAAGCAUGCCCGUAACUAGGAUUUUACAUUAAUCGAGUAAGUGUCUAAGGGUGGAUACGAGGCAUGUUCCCAAAGAAAGUUUCUCAGGCUUUAUAGAAAUGCUAUUUCUUGCAUUCUGACAGCAGUUUUAACAAAAAAUCAAUCUUAUAAACAGUGACACAAUUGCUAUAAUUCUAUAGUUAGUUUAUCUCACAUUUGUGGUACGGUACUUGCAUUUGUGCAUGCACAUGCAGCAGCCUCCCACUUGUUACAUCACUGUGGAGCAAGAACAGAUGCUCUCAGUUACUGGGAGAAAACUACAGUCUUUUUUUAACUUGAAGUCUUAAAUUUUUCACGAAAAUUCUUAUGUCAACUGACUUGGUAAUUGACUCAUUGCUAUAGUUUACAGGCCUGACAGGAGGAAAACUAAGUACCUGGGAAAACCCAUGGUGUUUGAUAAAGUCAAACUUAAAUCAGAGAAAAGGACUUAAAGCACUCUUCUCAUAUACACUAUGCCUUUGAGGCAAUAUUAUAAUCUGAAACGUUUAAAACCCAGCUAGGUGAUAAUCGCAUACCUGCUAACCAAUAGACCUUUCCCCUUAUGAGUGAAAUUUUGAGCUAGAUAUGCCUAGACAAAAAUUUCAUCACAGCUUGAAAGAGCACCACAAAAUUAGUAAUAUUCCGAAGUUUCGUUGCGAAAUGUUGUAAAAUGCCGUUUUUCAGUCAUUUUGCAUUACAAAUGGGAAAUUAAUGAAUCAGUUUGAUCAUCUGAUUAUCAAUUUCCCGUUUGUAAUGCAAAAUGACUGAAAAACGGCAAACUUCGGCCUUCGCAAGGCGGCUAUAUUAUCCGCAUUUUACAACAUUUCGCAACGAAACUUCGGAUUAUUACUAAUUUUGUGACGCUCUUUCAAGCUGUGAUGAAAUAUUUGUCCAGACUUGUCUAGAUCAAAAUUUCACUCAAAAGGGGAAAGGUCUAUUGUGCCACCAUCAUUGUUUUCUUGGUCAGAUAUUCGAAAUUAACGUGCAUGAAGUAUUUCUUCAGUUACAUAAAUUUAAAAUCGGGUCUUAAAAUUUCAGCCGAAAUAAUUAUAGUUCAUACGUGGAUAUUUAACUUUCUCAAUUAAAAGUGGAAUUUAUGUAGAAGAAUGAAAAAAGGCAUGGGUAUUACCGAAUUUGAAAUCUGAAGACAGGCAACAGGUUUUUCUUGAUAUUCGGUGAGCCUUUGAUCCAAUUAACCUUAAUGUCUUGUUACGCAAAAUGAAAGAUCAAUUUGGAGUUUAAAAUAUUGAAUUAAAGUGGUUUGAAUCCUACAUUUCUGAUAGGGAACAAGUGUGUUUUGUCAAUUAGCCAGCCAUUCCGAAGUUAAUGAGAGGACUGGGGACAAGUGUUAAAAAGUGCCCAAAUUAAGAAAUGAACCAAAUCACAAAAAAGACCAUCUCACAAUUAGUAAGCAAUGUAUACAAAGUUUGAAGACGUUUACAUGAAUAUCCUUCGAAUAAUAAGCUUUCGAAAAUUGUAAAGUUACUGAUUAAAAGAUUGUUUUUGGGACGCGCGUCCCCAAAAACAAAAAUUACAGUACAUUUCAUAGUAAAUAUCACAAUUUUCGAGAGCUUAUUAUUCGAAGGGUAUUCAUGUAAACGUCUUCAAACUUUGUAUACUUACUAAUUUUGAGAUGAUCUUUAGUGAUUUAGUUCAUUUCUUAAUUUGGUCACUUUUUAACACUCGUUCCCAGUCCACUCAUCAACUUCGGAAUGGCUAGUGGCACGACGUCAACACCCAAAAAGAUAGUCUGUGGAGUUCCUUAGAGAUCCAUCUUAGGGCCAUUAUUGUUUUUACUUCAUGAUCUCCCAGAUACAGUCUUGAUAACACAACCACGCACGUGCUUAUAUGCCGAUGAUACACAGAUAAUUUCAUCCGCUAAGGAUUCUGUGGAACUUAUUUUCAACUUGAAUAGCAAUUUGAAUAAAAUUAGCCAAUGGCUAACAAGUAACAAAUUACAGCAUCAUUCGACCAAAACCAAAGUAAUGUACGUUGGUUCAAAGCAUAAUCUUCAUAAGAUUAACUAUGAUAUUCCUAGUAACGUUAGAUAGCCAACCGAUUCCCAGAGUAUUUAUCUCUUGUUUGGGCGUUACACUUGAUGGGACACUAAGUUGGGAUAAACACAUUGAAACGAUUUGCAAAAAAGUUGGGGUAGGUAUAGGAACGUUAUAACGCAUCAAGCCCUACAUUCCUGCAAAUAUGUUGCAAUCAAUUUAUAGCGCUUUGAUACAACCUUAUUUUGAUUACUGCUCUCCACUUUGGGAUACAGUACUUGUAACAAAACACUGAAAGAUAAUAUUUUUGUGUGUGUUUUGAUGUUAUGUAUACUCAGGUGAAUAUGAUGUUUUUCAUGUUACUCUAAGUGUAUAUCCACACCGGGCAGGCUGAAACGUUAGCCUGACCACGGUGGGAAUCGAACCCGCAACCUUUGGGAUACUAGUCCAUGUGUUCUAUGAUCAUGAUAUUUUUGUGUGUGUUUUGAUCAUGAUCAUAGAACACAUUGGUAUCGAAGGUUAGUUCCGAAAUACCACACACUCGAACAGACUUGCAUGAUAAAAUGCGCAUGCUCGUCCACAUUAAAGCGUUUAAAGUGGGCAUGUUCAACCAGAUUCUGCGUUUCAUUACGUCCCACAAGCGUACGAGCUGUUUUGGGAACAAAACCUCGCCAAUCAUGCUAUAAAUCCUGGAACGGAGGCUCCGUUCUCGAUAUUUAACCUAUACUUAUAGGCUAUGUUUACAGUAUACCGGGAUAGCUUUCCGUAGCGGCAUAAGCGGCAUGAAAAAGCACCUAUCUGAUACGGAAUGUACAGCCACAGGUACAACGUUCAGAACCUGAGCGAAACAACAUCUCUCCGUUGCAAUAAUUCCUCUGAAAAUAACGUUCCUAAAAGGUACGGAUAGGUGUUUUUCACGUGCCUACUGAAAGCUAUCCGGUACAAGUGUAAACGUAGCCAUAGUUAUUUCAGGGGGCCUAUACCCUUUAACUGUGUUGUGUUGUAUUGUGUUGUGUUGUGUUGUGUUGUGUUGUGUUGUCUUGGUUGGGGUUAGGUAACACCUGUAUACUGAAUUACAUAAUUAUAUUAUAAGUUCUUUGUAGGUUUGCACAUGGCGAUAAAACAUAUAAUACUUUAGUUUGUGGAAACACCACGUAAAUUUAUUACUGCAGAGCUUUCGAUCCGUAAGCCCGGAUCUAUACUGAUGAAGAUCCGGGCUUACGGAUCGAAAGCUUUGCAGUAAUAAAUUUGCGUGAUGUUUCCACAAACUAAAGUAUUAUAAUUAUAUUAUGUUAAUGUAAAUUUCUGAUCAUGUCUCAUUUAUUUUUUAAUUUGUGAUCCACUAUGGCUUGCUAUGAAAUCAUUUUGUCUGAAUUAAAAUUCGAUGUAUGAAACAGGUCUGUUUAUGCAAACGGUUGAUUUGACAUUUAUUUGCUGUUUUCGUAGAUAGAAGAUGACCAGACGUUUUCAAAACAAAUGUUUUGUAUUCCUCAACAUUAUGAAGAUUACUUGGAGUCAGUCAUGAUCCCUAAAGGACUUAUUCUUAACAGGUCAGUAUACGCUUUUCCUGAUUUUUGCCAUGGUGCACCAUCAUCUAGAUCAUCAUGGCAGGGUUUUUCCCAAGAUUUUUUCGUGGUUCCGUUUUGCACAGAAGAUUGAGUUUAGCUAUACAACUAAAGAGGGCAUAUCUCACCUUUCCUGUCGUCCACAUUCACAAUUUUAGCCUCUGCGUGCCUUUGAUUUAAAUGGACCGGACUUUAAUGCGUAAUUGAAGAUGAGACGUAACAUGUAUUAGUGUAACUUGUAUUGUGAAACGAAUUCCAGGCGGUAUUUUUUUCUUUCGUUGCCACGAGUUGCCCACGGAAAAAUUAUUGCCCUUUUCGCAAAAUCUCAAAUAACGUCAACUUUACUGCAUUUAGGCCCGAAUCAAACGUCGCUCUUCUCUUCAAUUUUGUAUAUAAACAUUCAAUUUUGUAAAUAAACGAUAAUAUAAUUGGUCCUAGAAUCCCUUACAAGUGAUUUGACAUUUCAGACAGUAUAUAAUCGAUUCUUGUGUUAUUGUUUUUUUUCUUCAGAACUGAACGUUUAGCCCGUGAUAUUUGUCGUGAUUUAUGUCAUGGUCCUUUAGUAGCGUUGUGUUGUUUGAAAGGGGGUUACCAAUUCUUCUCCCAUUUGAGUGAAUUUAUAAUAAAUUACAAUGGGACUUCAGGUAUGCUUUCAUGGUUUCAAUGCGUGCCUACUGUACAUUCAAGGCCAAAAUAUCUUGACACUCCUUUUAUAUAUUGGUAGAUUCAGUAAGAGUUAUCGACCAACAGAUGGUAGUCACCUUCGGAAAUGUUAACACUUUAGGGGCAAAAAAAUUGAAUUAAAUAUAUCUCUCAAUAUUAUUUAUCUGUCAACAAGUACAAGACAUACUACAACCAGGGCCCCUAUGAUUUCCCAAGGGGCUCCUAUGACAUCAUAAUUGUAAAACCGGAGUUUUAGCGUGUUUUACAAUAUAUUACACUUUAUUGCAUGUUACCCGGCACUAACGCAGCUGGGAUUUAUAUUCUCAGUUAAGCCAUUCAAGAAAUUUUAAGGAUCAUCGUUGCUUUGGGGGGUCCCUUUUGAAUUGGGGCCCUGGGGCAAAGUGGCUCCCUGGGCCUGACUACUUUCCCAUUUUGAUAUCAGAUUACCACCACAGAUUACAUGUAUAUGCUGGACGGUAGUGCAAGGUGUCCCAUGAUGAUUCUUUUCAUAUAAACCAUUUGUCUUUAAAAGUCUGAAUUCUCUCAUGGGGGGGGGGGCAAUUCUGCAGGAAUGUUUCGCUCGUGAACUGGAAUUAUGAUGAAUGAGUUUCAAGACUACAUGUUAACUGACUUUAUUCUUUCAUUUCAGGUCAUUCAGUUCCAUUUUCGAUUGACUUCAUACGUUUAAAAAGCUAUGAGGUAACUACAUAUUUCAUUUGAUAGAAAUUGAACACGUCAUUUUAUUUUCAUCCCAUUUGAAAGGGUAUUUUCUAUUUGUGUCGUCAAUCAAAUUAAAAGGGAAAUCAUUGGGGCUCGGGACAGGAAUUAGGAGGAAGUCAUAUCCGAAAUAUUUCGUCUAGCUUUUUCCAACUUCAACAAGGCAGUAUUUUUGGUCUCUCUGAAUAAGUCGAUGGAAUGCGUCCUAUAAUACUUAUUUAUACCAUGUUUAGAACGAUGGUUCAACAAAUGAUGUUAAAAUUAUUGGUGGUGAUGAUCUGUCUUCUGUAAAAGGAAAGGUACAAUACGAUCUUGACCUUUAUGUAUAACUCUGGUGGCUUUUUAAGACAAGUGUAUGGCCUCAACAUGGUUUCAACCAAGUGAAGUGCAGAAAAAAUCUUUCAUUUAACAUAAAUCUUGACAACUUGGAAGGAGCGUAGGGUCGUAGUGCUAUCAUCAACCAGUCAAUCAUAUUUUAUGAAGACCAUCCCCAUGUUACCUUGUUUAAACUUGCUUAAAUGAAAGUUAGAAAGUAUCACAAAUGCGCGCAUAUAUAGAAGAUCUUGACUAUCCAGACUUCUAUAGAUGUUUCUAUUUUUAAUUGUUUUUUUGCUUGGGAACUUUUGAAUUGGAACUUGGGAAUGUGAUAGAAUUGCCCAAAAUACGGUGACACUCAUGCCUCGUUAAACUGCAUUUAGCGUUAAAAAGUAACUAUAAUAAUAAUCGUAUAUGUCAUGAACGGCGAGUGGCCCAACCAAUCAGAUUGGUGAAUAGCUCAUAUACGCUGGAUGAAUAUAUUAUUAUAGUUAUUAUAAUGUUAACAUGGAAAUGGUUGAAUAAAGUAUCGUGGGAUCUUAAAAUUAUUUUAUCUAUUUCUAGAAUGUUUUGAUUGUUGAGGUUAGUUUCUAACACGAAGUAUAGCGGUAUAUCAUAUGGAAGGAUCGAUUUCAUUCAUGCUUGAAGUAUAGCGAUAGCGGGCGGUAUAUCAUGAAGUAUAACGGUAUCAUGGAAGGAUGUAUGACGCAUUUUCUUUAUUACAUUGUUAGAUUUUGCAUGUUAGAUUUUGCAUAGGCAUGGCGCAUUUACUUUAUUACAUUGUUAGAUUUUGCAUGUUACAUUUUUGCAUUGUUAAAUUUUGCAUGGCCGUUUCCGCAUAUUUAGCCAGAGUGCAUGUAGCUUACAUGCGCCUGCAUGUACAUGGAUUCGAUCCAACGUUUCUUUAUAUUUUCUUCUAGGAUAUAAUCGAUACUGGGAAGACGAUGAAAAAAUUGCUCGAAGUUAUUUCACAGUUUAAACCUGCUCAGGUUAAAGUCGUCAGGUGAGUCUUGUCCGAGGCAAUUUUUGCUUUAAAAUCGAUUCUGUAAUGCAUUGUCUGCCCGCCGCAGACUGGAAUACCUUGGUACCGAUUUGAUGUCAUUGUGUUCAUAUUGAAUUUCAGGCAGCGAAGAGUCUGACACCUUGCUCAACCUCGCAUUUUAAAGACCAUGAAAAACACUGUAACCUUUCCGAAAUUUAGGCAACCUAAAAUAGUUGUUCAAAACAAAGCAGUAGAUUCUUUUCCCAAGUAAAUAAACUGUCAAUAAUUUUGAGUUCUGCAGCGUUGGGAAAUCUACUAGGCUUUUACACAGCAUCUCGCCUCAUGACGUCAUUGAAGUCGAUUAACCUGCAAAUCAAGUGCCGCCCGCCGAGUAAAGGCGCUAGGUCUAGGCUUUUGCGGUAGUAAUCUUGUGUUUAUAAAAAUGUUCCGCGGUCCGCCGUCCGCGUUUUAUCUACACCCUAUUAGAUGCCCAGCGUCUAGCUCGGAUUGCAUCAAACAGCAACUGAACACGUCUGGUUUUUUCAUUGGCUUGAUAAAUUAGGAAAUGAUACCAGAAUAAUCUUUAUCAGAAGAUUUUUAUUUGAUACUUUGCUAUAUAUUUUCUAGUAUGCUGGUGAAAAGAACACCGCUGAGAAGCUCGAGCUAUAGACCUGACUGUAAGCGACUUUUGUAUUCUGUUAAUUUCCCUUGUUCUGUAAGUUAUGUCUAUAUUUUGAACAUGAUUAAUUUUACCAACGAAAGCGAAGGCAAAUUAAUUUGAAUUCAUUUAUUGUCGGCAUAUCUGGCACCUUUUACAGUGAAAAUGCCACCAAGAUGAGGGUCUUUUCAAAGAAAAUAUGCUGCCUUUCUUUUAAGAAUUUAAAAAUUCUUACAAUGAUCAAAAUAUUACACAUGUUAAUGGCACUUUAAUAAAAUUAGAGUUUUUUUCCCUGCAGAUAUUGGAUUCGAAAUCCCUGAUAAGUUUGUCGUUGGUUAUGCCUUGGUAAGAACAUUGUCAUUCAGGCAUUGUCUGUGUAAUUUUGAAACUUGCAGAAUAGCCUACUUCAAUUCGGUUUUGUGGAAAAACCAUGUUUAUACAUGAGUAUCUUGCAAAGCGUUCGGUCCGUAAGCCAGGGCCUUUAUCUCUCAUAAUAAUUGUAUUAUUUACACUAAUGAAAUGAAAACUUUGCAAAAGCUUUGGAAAAUAAAUAAACGUGCAUGUAUUUUUGUUUUUCACAAAAAGCUUAGGCCUGUUUUAUACGUCGAAUUUUGGUCGCGUCGAAUGCAAUUGAGACAAUAAAUAAUGAGAUAGCCCGCGUCCAGGCCCAAGGGAAGAAUAGUGGGCCUGCAAGCAAGGCCCGGUAUUUUGUACUUUCCGCGUUCGCCCACGAACGCGGCAUUCUGAUUGGUCGUUUGCUGUUGGAUUCUAUAAUUAGGUCAGUGAUUCAUCACAAAGGCUCUUGAUAAGCUUAAAAUUCGAAAAUUGAUCACUUUUUCGAUUAAAAAUGGAUACAAGAACAGACUGUUUAUUGUUUACUUGAAGGAAGAGAUGUUUUUGCCGUUAUGCUAAUGAUUGCUUGUCGUGAAGUGUUGGAAAAGCAACAUUACGACUGGGGUAAACUAUAGUAACUUUUAGGCUACUUGAGUUUCAUUAUUAAAUUUCAAACAGACUUGAUACGUUAUGUUCCUCAAGAAAAUUAUCUUUUGGUCGAUGUUGACUCUGUUCUUGCACUGAAGAAAACAGCGCUUUUCGCGGUGAAGAUUUAGAGGCAGUUGCAUGCAUGCAAGCCUAUUCGAAACACCUUGCGAUUUGCAAGGCUUCGCUGAGAGAGCGAAACAGAAGACGGUAAUUGCCGUUUGAAACGAAACGAUCUGGACUCUGAACGCUCUCUUCUUUUGUAGAGUUAUUUACCAAAUGAAAUAACUGAAAUAAAUUUCGUACUUUCCGCUGCCAACAAGAAUUGCACACACGUUCUGAUAAGUGAGACAAUUUAUUUAUAACAAUGGCGACAGCGAAGCACACAAUGUGGUCGCACGACUUCCCUCACGAUUUGAAGUUUGAGACUGGUUUUCUGUUGAAAUUCGUCCUAAUUUGCCUGUUCCGAUUAUAGUUGAAAAUGAGCACUUGCAAAUUUGGCAAUUACUGACUGCGUUGCUUGCUUUUUUGGAGUUAAAACACAGCCAUUUACACAUUGUUUCUAUUUUGAAUGAGCAGAGAAAACCCCCCAACAUUUUAAUGCGAGUUUGUUUGUUAAUAUUUGGAUUGCUGUCAUUGGUCUUUUUUGACAAUUGACGCGCGAAUGGGGCGUGUUAUGAAAAGGGGCGUUUUACAAAAUACCGGGCCUUGCUUGCAGGCCCACUAUUCUUCCCUGGGCCUGCACGCGGGCUAAUAAUGAGAUGAUAAACCUCGUUAAGCUUCAUUAUCUAUUGUUUGAAUUGCAUUCGACGCGACCGAAAUUCGACGUAUAAAACAGGCCUUAGUCUGCGUAGGGGGUGACUGAAAUCAGUCUGCUAUCGCCAGAGAAAUGAAUAGAACUGGAACGCUACCUCCAACCGGAAAUUUGAAACGAAACUUGAAGGCCAGUCCCAGUCUUUUCACGCAUGCGAAGAGCGCGCUCAAUCCGUCAACAUGAAUAUGUAUUCUUGAAAACCGGCUAAAAAUUAGAAAAAAGGUUUUUAACAGCGCUGAAAACAAUUCUAUUCUUUCUAUUGGUGCAUUUAUUCGUGUAAAACUUCCUAGUAUAGACUUUAAUUUUAGUUUACUAAAACGACAUGCUCGCUCCCUGAACUCGUCUCGCGUGAGAAUCGCGAGGGGGGGGGGGACGCGGGUCAGAUUUCGUUUCUAGAAAAAGAUAGGCAGUUUAUCUGAAGGUAGCGUUCCGUCAUAUUCGUUCCACUGGCUAUCGCAGACUAAAAAAUAAAAUAUUAUUUUAAUUUCCUAUAUACUGGGAACUCGAAAUUUCGGGAUAAUCGCGUUGCUAAAGUCGGGCUGAGAGUAAAUUAACCUGGAAGAUGUCGAAACAAAAGGAAUUUAAAACAAUUCUGUCACGAAAUUUCCAGUAUUUUUGACAAAAUAUUUAUGUAAUCUUUGUUUUAGGACUACAAUGAAUAUUUCAGGGAUUUAAAUGUGAGUAAAUGUUAAAAUUAAAACCUUUCUUUUUUUCGAUGCGUUACGAAACAUCGUAACAUGCCUUCUUUCUUUGCAGCAUAUCUGUAUUAUUAAUAAGGAAGGAAUAGAGAAAUAUAGAACAUGAAUCAAGCUGGAUCCUCUCGCCUUCUACAAAUAAUGCAAUGAAGAAGCUUGUCUUCUGACAUGGUCACCCUGAUUAAAUAAGGUUUUCACAUUACAUUAUACAGCUAUUUCAAUUCAGGUUGUCCCGAGCAAAGCGGAAAUGUCGAAUACGAGCGCGAAAGGCUUGCUGGGAUCGCUAAAACAUUAAUGAAAUUUUUAGCGAUUCCCAGCAAGCCAUUCGCGCUCGUAUUCGACAUUUCCGCUUUGCUCGGGGACAACCUUAAACCUCUUUUGAUGAUUUAAAAUUUUCGGGUAAUCUACAGUAAAAUACCACAGCAAUAGCAAUACUGCAAUACUACCAUUAUGACGUUGCAAUGACUAAUGUUUUUAGCCAAGGAAUUCGAUGCUUUUCGAAAGUCUCGCUAUAUCUUGUACUAUUUUCUGUCGCUAAAGUGAACCUCACUUUACUGACCGCAGUAACAUUGGCGAACAUGUGACAAUGGGCAAAUGCGAGCGGUUUUUAUGAAGCCAAAUUUGAUUCCUCGACAAUGUGAAUUGCCACAGUAAGUCAACAUUCAAGGAAACGUGGAAUUUUAACAAUGCAGAUAGUAUCAUUAUCAAAAAGCGUAUUAUUUUAUUGUAUUAUUAUUUUAGUAUAUUAUUAUCUUAUUGUAUCACUAUUUUAUUGUAUUAUUAUUUUAUUGUAUUAUUAUUUUAUUGUAUUACUAUUCUUAUAUUUUAAUAUACUAUUAUUUUAUUGUACUAUAUUUAUUUUAGUAUAUUAUUAUUUUAUUGUAUUAUUAUUUUAUUAACAACAAAUUCUUACAAUUCGAUUAUUCAGCGGUGUAAAAAUACAUGAAUGAACGACUUCUCAAGUUGAGAAUGCAUGUACUUUGUGAUGAAUUAAAUAAAUUUAUUUUUGUGGAGCAC